UAUAAACAUAAACAACUCUUGCACAUUAUAAGUUUGCCAGUGUUGUAGAAAUGAUGUUGAAAUUGUGUCUCGUUUUAAUUUUUUUCGUUGAGGCCUGCAACGCUUCACGAACUGUACUGAAAAGUACUGCAAAAUUAACAUACCAAUCACUAGUCAUGCGAAUUAAGAAUGAGUGCGGUUGUGACGACUGGCAAGAUGGUGUUCUCAAAUAUUAUGAAGGAUGUACGAACACAUCGAAAAAAUAUCCCGGGCCGACAAAUCAAGCUGAGCCGGUCAUGAGCUCGUUUGAAAUAUUUUUAAACAAAUUAUUGGAUCUCACAACAGUAAACUCAACGAUUCUAUCGCUAAGUUCAACCGCAAUAUUGGACGCUAUGAGCAAGCUAUCCAAAAUGGGUGGAUCGUACGGAAAUUUGUUCAGAGAAUCAACGAAUACUUUGCCGCAGCUAACAGAUGACUUAAAAGUAAUUGUUUCAAAUCAAACAAAGAAUCUUGGCCCAUUGAUCACGAAUCUGAUGAACGAUGCCAUAACAGAUCUAGGACAGUCGAUUUUACACUAUGGGUUUGAGUUUAGACAGUGUGGCGCUGAGCAUUUCGGCAAUGAUCUCGCAAAGGAUCUGAAUUUUGAACCAAUUACCAAGCAUACACAAGUGUUGAUGAAUAUGAUAGCGCUCAUUGGUGAAACAUCGAUCAACGAUUGCAGACUAGGAACUCCCAAGAUACUCGAAUCAUUAGCAGUUAUCACCCUAAUUUCAAGUUGGUAUUUCAUAGGCGCUCAUUCAAUCAACGUUGUUUCUCAAGCAAUUUUACAUGCUCGAUCGCAGUCUAUACCGGACAAGCUGUAUGUGAGCUUAAUAACAAUGGCUCCUCUACUUCGAAAUAUGGCUGAUAUAAUAGAUUCAAUUGGUAGAGCAUUGGAUGAUAAUCUCGAACAAGUUUUAGAAAGUCUCGUCAGCUUUACCCUUGAUCUCAAUUCGAAAUUGAGUGAUAUAUGUGGAUCGUUCGACGGUGUUGCUACGAAUGUGGGACAAAUAACAAACGCAUUAUUAGAAGCAGCUAGUAAGACACGGUAAGCAUUGCUACAAGUUUUUAAAAUGCAAAUCACAUCCGUACAAUAAAAUUGAUAGACUUGAUAAGGACCGCU